CAUUAAACUAAAGGAAGAAGAAGAGUUCGUAGUCCAAGCGAAGAAGAAGAAGAAGAAGAGGAUUUUUUUUUAUGAUUAUUAAUAUAAGGAAUAUUAUUGUAUAUUUUGACUAUGCAGAAAUCAUGGACCGAGUAUUGCACCACAAACACAAGAUAGUAGUUAAUUAUGUUAGCACGGCUUGUUAGUAGUCCAGUGGCAUCUUGAAUGUUUGCUAGUUUGCAGGCUACACGCUAAUGUUCCAUUGGAUUGAUAACCUGCUACUGCACGGACGUGAAGACCGGAGUUUUCGGCCAGUGGACAUAAACAUUUCGCCAUGAACUGUCACUUGGUUCGUUAACGGUAGCAUCUGAAAUUGGCAGUCUAAUUUAGCUUACAAUGCCCCUGGCUCCUGCAAACCAGGCCCAGUUGAUUCGGUCCAGUCAAAAGGACGAAUACUAUCAAACGUUCCUGAGAAACAACGCCAACGAAGCUUUUCAAACGCUUGCUGGAUCCAAAUUAUGGCUGGCCUGGAGGAGAGAGAUCGAGCUGCUGUCAGACCUUGCAUACUAUGGCUUAACAACAUUCUCAGGUUACCAAACCCUGGGCGAAGAAUAUGUCAACAUCAUCCAGGUGGAUCCCAGUAAACGUCAGAUCCCAUCUUGGGCCAGACGAGGCUUCUUUGUCCUCUGUCAUGUCUUCUUUCCUUACCUCCUGGACAAGGUCCUGGUGUGUCUGGAGAACGAGCUGGACGGCGGGCAGGAGAGCCGCAGUAGCGCCAGUCGGCGGCAGACAGCGAGCGGCCUGUGGAGCCUGGAGUCUUGGCUGAGGAGAUGGGUGCACCGGGCAGUGGGACUGUUGUCGGAGCCCCGAAGGAAGGCAUGCCUGCCCGUCGUGGUUGUCCUCCAGCAGGGUCUGACCCUCCUGCACCGACUCCACGUAGCUCUUUUCUACGUCAGCGGCUCGUUCUAUCACCUGUCAAAGAGGUCGUCUGGUAUCAGCUAUCUGCGUGUGAUGGGUCCAACCAGCAAUGAUGGGACCAUCAGAAGCACCUACAGGCUGCUGGGUGCCGUGUCCCUACUCCAGCUGCUCAUCACUGUUUCCCUGCAGCUCAACAACUUCAGACAGAGACAGAGAGCCAGGCAGGAGUGGAAACUCUACCGGAACCUCAGUCCUCAGCGUACCCAGAGCUCUGGCCCCAGAGUCGCCCGCUGUAUUCUCUGCCUGGAGGAGAGGAGACACGCCACGUCCACUCCCUGUGGACACCUCUUCUGCUGGGAGUGCAUCACAGAGUGGUGCAACACCAAGGCAGAGUGCCCCCUGUGCAGGGAGAAGUUCCUGCCUCACAGACUGGUGUACCUGCGGAACUUCAGCUAGAACCACACACAGACACAUACUGCUGGUGCUUUUUAAGAGCGGUGCAUGCAGGCUUGCAUGCAACACACAGUGCUUACCAGCUGUCAGACGGACCUUUGUGCCGAUAUGCUGCAGGUUCUUCAGGAAUAAACAGAAACCUUUAUUUUCUUUAAUUCUUUUUUCAGAGUGAUUGCCUUUUGUUUGAGAAUUCUGUAUUGGAUUGUAUUAUUUGAAAUAUGUAAAUAUCACUUGUAAUUUAAUUAAAACUUUAACAGAUCUAAAUGAGUAAUUUUGAAAAAUUGGUCUGUUUUAAUUUAAUUUAUGUACAUAGUUGACUAUGACCAAUUUCUAAGUGCAUCUACUGUUGGUGGAGAGGCCAGCUAACUAAUGAGUCACCUCAGAUGAAGAGGACAGCAUCAAUGUUCACAUCCUGUUCUGUCACAAGCAUGAGCCCCUCAUCCAGAAGUAGAUGCACCAAUUCUUCCAUGUGGUGAUGUGGUGCAGUUGGUAGAAAGAAAAUAACUCUUACAUACAACUGCACACAGCAAAGCCUGUUGAUUUUCUUGAGUAACCAGGUCAUGAUUUCUGGUAAGAGAUGUUGAGUUUAUAUCGAUAUCUCCACUUCCAGUGGUAGCCAUUCCAUCACUGUACUACCUCUGGAUGUAAACCAGUGGGUGCAAAAUGUUUAUGUAUUGGACAUGAUGUGUGAAUAUACUGGGCUGCUAGCCAGCAAUGAAGCUAUAUUACAUAGACAAAAGUAUCCAGUCACACCUCUUUAUGGGGCUGUUUUCUAGGGCUUGGGCAAGAGAUAAUAGCAUUGACCCACACAGAGCCCUGACCUCAACCCCAUCCAACACCUUUGGGAUGAACUAGACUGCGAGUCAGGCACUUUUAAUAGAUAUUUGUUGAGGCUGCUCUCUGGUGAUUUAAGGUGAUGUCAAGAAAGUAGCAGGCUCUAUGAUCAUAGGCUUUUAAACUCAGCACGGCUUCACAGUAGGCACAAUAGCCGUCUUAUAUAGAAUGGGAAGUGAGCAGAGAUGUUUCAACCUGUGUUUGUUGUCAGUGUUGGUGAUCGACUGAGGAUCAUAUGAUGAUUUGGUAUGAGGAUCCUUCAUCACAAG